UCCCCGCGAGUGCAGGGCGAGGACGUGCUGGAGCGCAGCUCGGAGCUGCUGCACUCGGGCGAGGUGAGCCUGACGGUGCACGGCGGUGCGGGGCGGCCCCAGCACAGGGUGGCCUUCCUUUUUGACCACCAGCUCGUGCUCUGCAAAAAGGACCUGCUGCGCCGUGACGUGCUCUACUACAAGGGGCGGGUGGAGACGGGCGCGCUCUCCGUGGAGUGCGUGGAGGACGGGCGCGACGCGGAGACCGGCGUCGCCACGCGCAACGCCCUCAAGCUGCGCUGCGUCGCCACGCCGACCGUCAUCGUAAUGUGCGCGCGUCGCCACGGUGACCAACAGCGCUGGGAGAGCGCGUUCCGCGAGGAGCGCAGGCGCGUGCGGGAGGACCAGGAGACGGGGUUCGUGAUCACUGAGGCCCAGAAGCAGGAAGCAGCGCAGAACGCGUGCAGGAGCCACCGGAGCAACCGCAAGCCCCGAGCGCCCGCCCCGCCUGCGUUAACUCCGGCCGGGUCGGCGUUGCCGGGGGCGCCGCUGUCCUGGCAGCAGAAGCACGGCUCCGUGCCGCAGCAUCUGCUGCAGCAGCCGGUCAUCUCCCUCGCCGAGCCCCGGCGCAAGCGCCUGUGGCCGGGGCUCAGCCGCCUGGCUCCGUUCCGCAAGUGAAGCCGCCACCACCACCAACCACCAACCACCACCACAAGCAACCACCACCUCCAUCAUCACUACGUCCACCACAACCAACCUCCACCGCCACCAUCUCCACCAUCAACCACCACCACCAACCCCCUUUACAACCACAACCGAUACCUCCACCACCACCUCCACAAACAAUCACCUUCACUACCAACACAUCCACAACAACCACCGCCAUUUUCACCAACUCCAACCUCCACCACUACCGUCAUGCUCAUCACCACCACCACUAAGCUGAUCACCACAACCACCAUCGCCCAAUUUUUCAUCAUCGACGUGGUGGUGGGAGGAGGGUUGGAGGAGGAAGCCGGGGUCCAUGAGGCCUGAAGGACUUCCUGCUUGGGGCCUCCGGCGAGUGCGGCGCUGAGCGAGUGCCGGGACAGAGCGCCGGUCCCCAAUUGGACUGCGCCCUGGACACUCGAGGCGAGUGCGGCGCUGAGCGGACCCCACGGUGGGCGCUUGACACUGCGGAUCUUCAUCUGCUCCAGCGGACGGACUGGCGAGUUGCGGCGCCGUGUGAGUUCACAGUGGACAGGCUGGCGCAGUGCGGUGCCGAGUGGAUCCCGCGAUGGACACGAGCCGGCACUGUGGACGGUGCCGCGGUGCGGUCCCAGCGCCGUCGCUUUCUCUGCCUGGGCGGCCAUGCAACACGCGCGUACGCGGCAUGCGUGCGUGUCCGUGCGUGUGCGCGUACGUGCGUGUCCGUGCGUGUGCGCGUACGUGCGUGUACGUGCGUGUACGUGCGUGUACGUGCGUGUGCGCGUGUGCGUUCGUGUCGAGACGGGGGGAGCUUGCUCGUGCCACUGCUGGGCUGUGCCCCAUCCGUGCUGUGUUAAGGGGUUCUGUGUAUAUACAGUACAGUAUUGCGGAGUUUGUCUGGGGUCACUUUGGUGCAACACGUGACGUGGAACACCUGGAGCCAGA